GAGAGUCAGCCCAGGCAGGCAAAUCGCUCCUCACCCUCUCGUCCCUCCCGGGAUGGAUAGAGCCUCAGCAAGGCUGCGGAGCCACAAGCCACCAAGAAGAUGCUGGCUCCGUCCGUCCAUCCGCUCCUCUGGCUGUUCGGCUGCGUGCUGUUCCGAGGUACUACAACCUCCACAGACUCUUCUGUCCAUGCUGUAACAGGUCAAUCCCAAUCAACAACACACGGCCCUGAAGUAAAGGACCAUACCUCAGAGCCUUCAGUAAAAUCAACACCACCAACCCACUUGAAUCUCCCCUCUGUGGGUCAAACUACUACAGCCAAAUCCUCUUCCAUCGCUACAACACUGCUAGCACUGACUGUGCAAGAUGAAAAGUCCAGUGGAAGCAGAAGCACAGCAGCUUCACCACCUCAAGGUCAAGAGCCCAAGAGAAGCGAGAAUACCACAGCAUCAGCAACUCAAGGCACCUCAAAGCCAGUCACCCCAACACCGAAGCCCUCUGACUACUUGCCUGUGCCCACUCCGACAGAUGAUAAAUCACCACUGACGGUGGCAGCUUUUGACAAACAGAAACCAGGGACCUCCAUGGUAUCAGAGAGCUGCUCAGCAGGCACAAGCCAGAAGGACAACAGCAUCACUCUGAUCUCCAUGAAGAACAUCAACAUGAACAACAGCAUGAGUUACCCGCUGUCAGAAAAGGUGCUAUGAAGUCAAGGGCCCAGAACUUGAAGCUGACACAUGACAACCAGCAGUGACUUUCUAGGUUCUUUUUUUUUUUUUUCUUUGGGGGAAAGAGCAAGGGUGGACUUUAUGUAUAAAUUAUUAUGUCCUUUCUGAUCAAUACAUUUACAGUAGCAUCCCACAUCGCUUCGCCACUUGGGGUCUAAGGGCUUUCUCCAGUUACAGCCUGCCAUGCUCAACGGUUGAUAUCUAACUCUAUUUUUUAUAUGCCUUCAAACAUUCAGAUUAUUGCAGCAGCAAGAAGCACCAAGGCACCAUCUACUUCACUAAUAAACUGCUGCCUUAGAUUAAUGGCCUUUAUAGUCUGUUCCAGCCAGUCACAGGCUCAUUAAUCAGUAUAGCCCCACACUGAGUCAAACCCAUGCAUUACAAAAGCAUGAUCUGAAGCUGAAGGCCUAAGGGGACUUAAAUGGCCAAGUGCUAGGUCAAGUCCCAGCAUGACUGCUCCAUACCCCUUAUCCUUGGUUCCCUCAUUGUCCCCACUGUGGUGGGGAUGAUCAGAUCCACCUACCUCACAGGGUUGUUGUGAGGUUAUGUUAAUCACUGCCUGUAAAGCAUUUGGAGAGCCAUGAAUUAAAGGUGCUGCUGAAAUGCAAAUUGCCAUCUUAAAUAUUUUAUUAUUAAUAAUGGCACUUCAGGCAGGUAGAUCACUAUCUUCCCACAGGUCCAACAUGCUCAAAGACUCACCUAGAGUGUAAAUAACAAGGUCUCUGCAUAGACAGGGUUUUACCUGAGUGUAAAAAGGAGUGGCCACAAACAAAAUGCUGACCUACUUCAGCUUCUGAAGUUUGGUAGCCCGAGUUUGCUGGGAGAACUUCCAUCUUGUGCACUGCCACCUUCCCAGAGCUUUCUGAUAGACCAGAAAAGCAGCAUCCCCUUCCACAGAUCAGUCAGAGCACCCACCUUACCGCAGCACCAAGAACCACCAGUGCACCCCCAAGUCACCACGAUAAUGAGAACAGUCCUCUGUUAGGCUCCACAGUGCAACAGCUCAUGUUUGGAGCCAGCUGGUUCACAACCCAAGCUGGCUCAGACCCAGCUGCCAGUCACUUACUGCCUACAGCAAAAUACUUAUCCGUGUAAGCCGAGGAUGAUGGAGAUGUCAAUACCCAGCCUCCACAUGACUGUAAGAGAAAUGAUGCGCUGUUGGGUAUUUCUGGAGGUCUCAGCUGCCUUACUCAGCAGCAUAACAUACUAAAGCACUAACUCUGCAACUACCUUUGCCUCUGCCCAUCUUCACUGCAACUCCUGCUUGCAAGCUUCACCAGCUCCACAGUCAACACAGACCUCCAGAGUACCUCAUCUACCCGGCAGCAGUAUGCCGAGAUACUACAUUCUCCUAACAUGAGCAUCAACAUCCAUCAACCCUGAAGGUAAACUGUGACGUUAACGAAAAAAAGAUCUAGCCGAGCACUCAAAAUAGGUAUUGCUGCACACAUCCCCCUGCACAGUUCGAUGAAACAUAAUAAUUUAGCCUGAUUUAACUUUAUAGGACGGAUAAGCGAUGUUUACUGGAACAUGCAGUGCUGGAGGUAGCUGUGCUUUGCAGCUGGCAAUGAAGUGUUCAGCAAAAUAAAUGCAAUGUUUUCACAACUCCUGCUAAGAUCCAACACACUUUCUAUCUUUAACCAGGUAGUUUAAUAAGGUAUUUUUUAAUAAAUAAAGCUUUUCUGGUAAAAUUCCUGAAAAGUAAAGUUACAUCACUCUGCUCACCCAGCCUCCACCAGACUGGUGAGUUUGCUUAAGCACAAAAUCCCAGGUGAUUCCCAGCUACGGGGAUCCAGACAGCUCCAGAUCCUAGAGACCUGCAACUUGCUGCGUGAAGCCUCACAGGUAUGUUUUUAGUCCCA